CGUUUGCGCGUUUAUGCCGCGCCCUCAGAUUUUGUUAAGAGGCCGCGCCUGUUCGCCUCGCCUCGCCUCGCUCUUCCGCUUCCCGUCUUUUGUUGUCCACCCCGGUUCUUCGUCUCUUGUUGUCUGUCUGAUAUAAUAAGCAUGGAUAUCGUUCUCGAGGCCGCGGACAAGUACGUCUUCGACGGCAUCUACAAAGCUCUCUUCCCCGUCCCCGAGGCUGUGAACUCCGUGCUCACCGAGUCCGUCCUCAGCUCGCAGCUCUUCGAGUCUCUCUCCAAGAACCUCUCGCUCUCAUACAUACCCACCGAGCCCUAUGAGUACACCCUCUUCGCGCCCGGCGCGGCCGCGUACAUGUCGACGGUCGCGCGCUCGAACGUGUACCGCCAGUUCAUCUCGCUGUUUCUGAUUACCUGGUUCUUCGGCGUCGUGCUCUACUUCUUCUUCGCGUCGCUCUCGUACUUUUUCAUCUUUGAUAAGCGCACGAUGGACCAUCCCAAGUACCUCAAGAACCAAAUCCGCUUGGAGAUGAACCAGGCAUUGACGUCCAUGCCGGUCAUGUCGCUUCUCACCGCGCCCUGGUUCUUGGCCGAGAUUCACGGCUACGGCAAGCUCUACUGGGACGUCAACGCCUACAGCAAGGAGUACCUCUUUUUCCAAUUCCCGCUCUUCAUCGCCUUCACCGACUUUGGCAUCUACCUUAUCCACCGCGGGCUCCACCAUCCGAGACUCUACAAGCACCUCCACAAGCCGCACCACAAGUGGAUUGUCCCCACCCCCUUUGCGUCCCAUGCCUUCCACCCCGUCGACGGCUACAUGCAGUCGUUGCCGUACCACAUGUUCCCCUUCAUCUUCCCUCUCCACAAGCUCUCCUACCUUCUUCUCUUCUCCUUCAUCAACAUCUGGACCAUCCUCAUCCACGACGGCGAGUACAUCACCCAGCACCCGGCCAUCAACGGCGCGGCCUGCCACACCAUCCACCACCUGUACUUCAACUACAACUACGGCCAGUUCACCACGCUCUGGGACCGCGUCGGCAAGUCCUACCGCGUGCCGGACCCGCAGCUCUUUGACCACGACGCAAAGAUGAGCAAGUCGACUUGGAAGAAGCAGUCGAAGGAGAUGGAGACUAUUGUCAAGGUUGUCGAGACCGAGGAUGACCGAAAGUACGAAAACGACGAGAAGGUUGAGGUUGAGAACAAGAAAGAGAAGUAGAUUCUUAAACUUAUCUCGACACCAAUCAUCAAAAAAAAACACAAAGUUCACCAAAAAUCUCUAAACAUUUUGGCUACUCAAUCUUCUCCCUUAUCUUUCUCAUGCUCAUGUCAACAAACAGACUGUCUGAAAGCACAUGGCAUCAAAAGACCUGUUCUCGUUCUUUUUCUUAUUCUUCUGCCGUGGUACGGGACGGUGCACGUAUACUAGUGGGUCUGGCGCAAUUUUUGUCUUUCUAUUAUUUUUUUUUAUAACCAACGUUCUUAAUAAACUGUUCUUUCUAUGA